AUGUCGGUAAUGAAGUCCAUAGUUGUGUUUUUAGUGUCAAUGAUAGUGGUACAAACGAGUGCCCAGGUGAUGUUCCCAGGGGGAUGUCCCAACGUCGAAGCUCUUACUAACUUUGAGCCAGCACGGUAUCUGGGGACAUGGUACGAAGCUGAAAAGUACUUCGCGAUAUUCGAGCUGGGAGGAAAAUGUAUCUCAGCCAAGUACACUGAUAAUGGGAACGGGGUUAUCGGCGUCAACAAUCAACAAGUCAACUCCAAAGGUGCCAAGUCCGGAAUAGUUGGUGAGGCGAAGUUCACAGGACCAGCGAACAUCGCAAAGCUUAGUGUGCGCUUCCCGUCUCUUCCUGUCGACAUCCCGGCGCCAUAUUGGGUCAUAGACACAGAUUAUGACAACUACGCUUUAGUAUGGAGUUGCACAAACCUGGGUAUCAUGCAUACAGAAACCUCCUGGAUCCUGACGAGGGAAAGAAAUCCACCACAAAGUGUUUUAGAUACGGUAUACGCUGCCAUCGAAAAGAAUAAGAUUGAUAAAACCCACUAUAUCAAGACCGAUCAAAGCAACUGUCCCAAGGACGCCUAA